AUGGGCUGCGCAAUAUCAGGUCUGGCAGCAAAAGCAGAGUUUGGAGAGAGGACUACAGAGGAUGCUGCGGCUGUGUUUCCCAGUGAGGACCAGAUUCAGAUGAUCAAGGAGUCAUGGAAAGUUAUCCGAGACGACAUAGCCAAAGUAGGGAUUAUCAUGUUUGUCAGGUUGUUUGAGACCCAUCCCGAAUGCAAGGAUGUCUUUUUCUUGUUCCGAGAUGUAGAGGACCUGGAGAGGUUGCGGACCAGCCGGGAGCUCAGGGCACACGGUCUAAGGGUGAUGUCUUUUAUUGAGAAAAGUGUGGCCAGACUGGACCAGCUGGAGAGACUGGAAGCUCUGGCUCUGGAGCUGGGAAAAAGCCAUUAUCAUUACAAUGCCCCACCUAAAUACUACAGUUACGUCGGAGCAGAAUUCAUCUGUGCCGUGCAGCCCAUCCUGAAGGAGAGGUGGACGGCUGAGCUGGAGGAGGCGUGGAAGACUAUGUUCCAGUAUUUGACCGGCCUAAUGAAGCAGGGAUAUGAGGAGGAAAGCAACCGACAGCGCCACCUCGCACUCUCCCCGAAGGAAAGACCGGACAAGAGGAACACGGCACUAUGAGAUCCUUCUUUGCUCAACCACAACUCGGACUGUUUUUAGCAGUACAACACACACUUGUGUUAAUGUAUAUAGUGUAUUUUAGUCUCUCUUUUUCUACGUAGCCCAUGUUUACCGCAAUCAGUUUGCUAUUUUAUCACAAUGGACAAGAUAAAUAAUAAAAAAAAAAAAAACUUGCAGUGACUUUUAACAACGCACUUUAUUUCUGAACUUAAAUUCUGCUGCAGUCCUCCUCCAUAAUAUUAGGACCCGGGAGCACGGAGAGACCUUACAGAUAUACUAGCUGUAGUUAAACCUGCCGUGUAAUUUUAAUUAACAGAAAUUACAUUAUUAGAAUAACAGAGAACAUUUUGUCUUUGAAUUCAUAACUUAAACAUGUCUUUCAGUAAAAUCUGUGACUUAUAACAUUUUGCAUCAUGUCAUCAUUCAGAAAUCUGGUUCACUUCUUCAAUUACUACCUGAACUGAGGCUACACAGUACUAUUUAUUGGUGUUUAACAUCUAAGACAGACAGUUUGAAAGCUUGGUAUGGAACCGUGGUUCGAAACAAAAAUAAUGUCCAUUGAAUUAAAGGAGGUUAAAAAAAAACGGAAUAAAGUGAAUAUUUAUCUACAAUACCAAGCUUAAUGCAGUAAAAAUUAGUUUAAAAUAAAAUAAUCUGUGCUUCCAAGCAACUUUGCGGGCAAUCCAAUGUUUGUUUAAUUUAUAAGAAGAGAAAAAAAAUUACAAAAAUUCCUCUCAAAACGCAGUCGAAUUGAAACAUGGCAGCACCUCUCGUAGGCUAGCCGUAAAUAUAACAUAAAUAUUGACUCUAAAAAUUAAAUAGUAUGAAAGGCAGGUAAACGUUGGGCUCGCUUGAUUUGGCUUCUGAGGUAACGCAGCUGUUGAUGACCUGGUUACGAAGCAGAAAUAGUGGCGAUUCAAUGAAGUUGACUUGCU